AAUUGGGAAGACUUACACUUUUUAAGUAUGUUCUUUGCCACUUGAUUCUAUAAAUGUAUUUGCGAAUUUUGUUAAGGAUAAAUUAAAGAAAAACAUUUUGGGAGUAAAAGCUAAUAGACACAGCCCUGUCCCAUGACAGAAAUAGCAGACGACAGUGCGCUGCGUUUUCCAUCCACUUUCGCGAUCCCUGGACGUGCCAGUGGAAGAUCUACAGUUGUUUUACCAUUUAUCGAAGUUGCGAGAACGAUACGAACGACAAAUUUACGAAUAUGGCUGAAAUAACGGAUUUCGGUCCAAGAAAGGCGAUUUUUGUCCUAGCAAUUGUAAUCGGGUGUUUUGCAGUAUUGUGGCCGAAAAUUUUCUAUCCUAUGUUCACAGCAUCUGUCAGUCCACAUUAUACGUCGGACAAUUCGGCAUGCUGCGAUGUAAUCUUUGAAAGUGAUGUCAAUGCUGCUGAUAUUAUGUAUGAAAUAUGUCAGAAUAUACUGAAACAUCAUCAAAUUGAUCCAAGAGUAAGAGAUGUUUUGAAAACUGUAAAAUUAACACCACAAGGAGCAAGUUUGUGUAGAGAAGAAAUUUUAGCUAGAUGUGGUAUAGAUUUAUCUACGUUUCUUGCUGAAAGAGAACGCCUGGGAAAAUCUUAUAAACAAGUUUUAGAAGAAAUCAGAUCAUUUAAUAGUUCCCUCUGUCUUAAAAUACAUUUUGGUAUAGCUCUUUCUCAACUAGGAACUCCACAUCUAAUCAGAUAUCAUAUUUUAAUGCCGCACAGUACCAUAAAGCAAGAACGAGGUACACCUCCACAUGCAGGUGGUUUACAUCCUGCAUUAAGAGAACGUGGUAGAACUAUCCCUUCCUCUCAUAUCGUACCAAAGGUAGCAGAUAGACCUGAUCAUGUUGUGCCAAAGAUGAGACCACCUUUAGGAGGUGCAGGACAUGUUGUUCCUGCACCAAAAGGAAAUGGUACUAUGGGAAUUAUUAUGCCAUUAUACACUUCGGGCAUUGUACUAUUUUUCCUAUAUACAAUUAUGAAGGUGUUGAGAAAAAAUUCGGAUAGUGAAAUCAUUUCGGAAUAUCCAGGAGCUGCAGCAGAGAAAGAAUUUCGGAAAAUGGUAUUUAGUCCUGAAGCUUUUACUACUGCAAUGACUGGCGGUACAAUGCAUUAUCAAAAGGAGAGGUCCCCAUCACCACAAAGGCCACCUACCAUAGAGGAAUUAAAGGACCAAGCGGCAGGAGACAUAGAGAUAGAUCAACUGAGACGACGUUUGGUCGAGACGGAAGCAGCCAUGGAAAGAAUUGUUGUUCAGAUGGGCAACAUAUCACGUUCAGUUAUGCAUAGUCCAAGCCCACAACAAGAACUCAAGAACGAUACCAUCGUCCAGGCUGAACAUAGUAUGACAGAUGAAGAAGUAGAAAACAUAGAACAUUCGCCAACUGUUAAAGUCAUAGGUAUGGAAAUGACAGCUAGUUGUGAGGGUAAGGGUAGUAGACCUACUACUCCUAUAAUUCCAAUUUCACAAAGCCAUAUUGAGAGAGAAAAAACACCACCAAAACCGAUAUAUUUAGAAGGUGCACUUCCUCCACAAUGCGAAUUACUUGUAACAGAUUCAGAAACACAAGCUCAAAAAGCAGAAGAGGAUGUAGAGGCACCUGUUGUACUUUCAGGCAAAAUGACCCUCUCUCUCAUCAGUCUCGACCAAAAUGCAGCUGUAUCUGAGGCAGAAGAUCAGAAAAUACAAAAUACAGAGGAUACAAUAAUUUUGAAUAUGGAUGAUACAGAAAAUGCUCUAAAGGUUAGAACAACCAACAGAAAAGAGGAAGUAGAUACCGAACUACAAAUUAAUGAAAUGAAAGAAAUUUAUAAAGAAAAACAACAGCAAGUAAAAGAGGAAGAAAAAAAGCCAGAAAUAUAUAUAGAACAAAAUAUAUUUAAAGAUGACCAACAAGAACAAAUAGAAGAAAAAGGUGGAAAAACAGAGGUAAAAGAAGUUGAAGAAGCAGAAGAGAUUGAAAAGGCAAAGGGAAGCGAAGAAGAUAGGGGAAGAGUAAAAUUAACUGACAAGGAGGAGAGUGAAGAAGAAAAACAGACUGAAGAAGAUGAAGUGGAUAAAGAUGUAGAGGUGGAGGAGGAGGAAGAGGAGAAGGAGGAGGAGGAGGAGGAGGAGGAAGAGGAGGAUAGCGAGGAAGAAGAGGAAGAGGAGGAGGAGGACGACGACGAGGAAAGCGAGGGAGAAGAGGAGGAGGUGGAGGAAGAGUUGGAAGAGGAAGAGGAGGAGAUGGAGGAAGAGCAGGAGGAGGACGACGAGGACGAGGAGGGUGAAGGGGAAGAGCAGGGGGAGGAGGAGGAUGAAGAGGAAGAGAGAGGGGAAGAAGGAGAAGAAGAGGAGGAUGAAGAGGAAGAGAGAGAGGAAAAAGGAGAAGAAGAGGAUGAUGGAGAGGAGGAAGAGGGAGAAGAAGAGGAUGAUGAAGAGGAUGACGAAGAGGAGGAAGAGGAAGUGACGGGAAGCGAAUAG